UAAUUCUAAAAUUCUGUAAUCCUCAACCUGCCUGGAAAUAAGCAGAAUAGAAACCAGAAAUCCUUCACCUACGAUUAUCCAUCAGGGAUGAAAAUGGGAGUGGGCGGGAAGCCUAGUUAAUUAUUUUGUUGACUUGUGUUGUUUAUCUCUUCUAGGUAUUGCCAGGAAAUAUUCUUCUUCCUCUUGUUGGUUCAGUUGGAGACAUCUAAAACACAAAGAGAUGAACUGUCAAAGUCCUAGAGAGGCAUCAACUGUUAAGCCUUAAAUGCACUUUUGUGCUGCUGGGCUGAUCCUCAAGUUUGAUGUGGGUGAGCUUUGUUGAGAAACUAAACAUGCUACCAGGAAGUGCUGUUUUUUGGGGAGAUUUCCAGUUUUUUCACCUGUAAUUUCAAAGCAUCCAGCCGCUGGAUUUAACAUAGGAGAGCGACAGAAAGUCGCUCGAUCCCACGAGGGAUUUCAGGACAAACAUGGCAAGUUCCUGCUCGGUGGCCAACUGCAAAAACCGCCGGUGGCAUGGAUCCCAUGUCACCUUUCACAGGUUUCCUCUUACGAAGCAGAGGCAGUUAAAAAAGUGGAUCAAAAGCAUUGGUCGUCCGAAUUUUGCUCCCUCUUGCGACGACGUCGUGUGUUCGGAACAUUUCAGGAAGACGGAUUUUUGGGGAAGGUUGGCUUCUGGGAGAAGGAAUUUAAAGCCAGGGGCUGUCCCAACUAUCUUUAAUGCCUCUGGCCGUUCAAAAAGAUUAAACACUGCCAAGAGGGCUCAAAAGAAAAGCCCAGAAGAGGGGCUGCGUUGCGCCCGACGGAAUCCCCCCGAUCCUGAGCCAAGUACUCGUCCGGAGGUUGGCGAGGGCGAUGCCGACGUCUUGUCCUCCCAGAACGACAUUGUCAUCCUAGAACAUUCUUACUCUACUCCGGCAAGUCCAAGUAAAGCAAGUGACAAGCAAGAACAGGAGACAGAAGAGCAAGAGGGCCAACUGGAAGAAAUGGUGGAAGUGGAUCCCGGGAGGAUCUCCUUCGAAGUGGUGGAAGAAAGUUGUACGGUAGAAGAGGACUUUCCGGUGAGCGAGAAGCCCUAUAAUUGCUCCAAGUGUGAGGAAAGUUUCACCGAUAAAUCAUUGCUCCUUGAACACCGAAGAUCCCAUCCGGGGGAGAGGCGAUACGGAUGCUCCAUGUGCGAGAAGAGGUUCAACAAGAAAGCUUGUCUUCUUGCACACGAGAGAUCCCACACAGGAGACAAGCCUUACCAGUGUUCGGAUUGUGGCAAGGCCUUCGGGCAGGAAUCGUCUCUCCUUACGCACCAGAGGACCCACACUGGAGAGAAACCCUACGAAUGUUUGGAGUGUGGGAAGAGCUACCCCUGGAAAACAUCUCUGGCGGUUCAUCAGAAGAUUCACGCCGGCGAGACAUACUCGUGUCCCGUGUGCGAGAAAACCUUCAAUCAGAAGUCUUUACUUCGGAUACACAAGAGGAUCCACACGGCGGAAAAACUGUACAAAUGCUCGGACUGUGACCAGAGCUUCACCCUUGAAAAAUACCUUAAUGCACACAGGGUAAGGGCUCACACCCGGGAGCGACCGCACGCCUGCUCGCACUGUGACAAAACCUUCAUCUUUAAAUAUUCCCUCAUCGAACACGAGCGCAUGCACACGGAUGAGAGGCCUUAUGAAUGCUCCGAGUGUGGCAAACGCUACAAUGGCAAAGCUGCCCUGGUGGUCCACCAAAACACACACGGCGGACAGAAAUCCUAUCUGUGUCCUGAGUGCGGCAAGAGUUUCAAAACCAAAUGUGCUUUGACGGGUCACGAGAAAAGCCACAAAGGAGAGAAGCCCCACAAAUGUUCGCACUGCGACAAAAGCUUCUUCUGGAAACACCGCCUCAUUCUGCAUGAGAGGGUUCACACAGGGGAGACGCCCUAUCAGUGCUCGGAGUGUGGCGAAAGCUUCCGUUACAGAAACAACCUGACCAAGCACAAAAGGAACACGCAUGAGAGAACACGGAUGAUUGGAGAGCGGAUCUAUCAGUGCUCAGUUUGCGGCAAAAGUUUCCGCUGGAGACGGAGCUUCAUCCUGCACGAGAGGGCCCACAUGGGAGACAAACCCUUUAAAUGCACCGAAUGUGGGAAAAGCUUCAUGAGCCGCGUGUCCCUCAUUGUCCACAAGAGGAUCCACACGGGGGAGAGGCCUUACAAGUGCCCCGAAUGUGGGAAAAGCUUCAUUAAGAAGCAAGCCCUCAGUAAACACAAGACGGUCCAUACAGGCGAGAGGCGAUAUUUGUGCAACGUCUGCGGAAGAAGGUUCUCCAACAAAGGUAAUCUGAUGAGGCACACCAAGAUCCACACAGGAGAGAAACCUUACAGCUGCCACAUCUGUGGCAAAGGCUUCAUACAGAAAGUGUGCCUUAUUGAACACGAACCGACCCACAGCAAGGAAAAACCCUUCAUCUGUUCUGACUGCGGGAAGAAGUUCAAGCGGAAAAGAGGUUUCCUCCUGCACUUGAGAAUGCAUCGAGGGGAAAAGCUGCAAGAGGCCACCAAGAAAAGUGUCAAUGGUGGAGAUCCCUCCGCCGCAGACGGCAAGGCCCCGGCGAAAGAGAAAUGCCACCCGUGCCUGGAAUGCGGCAAAAGUUUCCACUCACGGUGUCAUCUCAUCAUGCAUCAGAGGACCCACACGGGAGAGAAGCCGUACCAGUGCCCAGAGUGCGGGAAAAGCUUCAGUCAGCAGUCGUCCCUCAACACACACCAGCGAGUCCACACGGGCGAGAAGCCCUCUCUGUGUACAGAGUGCGGGAAAAGUUUUCACAAUAAAAGCAACCUGGCCCGCCACCAGCGAAUCCACACGGGGGAAAAGCCCUUUGCUUGCCCUGAGUGUGGGAAGAGUUUCAUCCAGAAAGCCUCUUUGGAGGCUCACAAAGCCACCCACAGCAAGGAGAACCCCUUCUGCUGCCCCGACUGCGGGAAGACCUUCAAGCUGAAAAUGUCGCUCCUCACCCACCAGAGGACUCACACGGGGGAGAAACCCUACGCCUGUUCCCAGUGCGAGAAAAGGUUCAUCCGACGUUCUCAGCUGCGCAGGCACGAAAAGGCACAUGCAGAAAAUCCAGAGAUAGACUCUCCUCAAGAAGUGAAGAUCUUCACUGAAGAAGAGGCCGCCACUUCUUUAGAAUUGCUGGUUGAAACAGCUGAACCUACAGAAUUUACGGAACUUUCUAUGGAGGCUAUAAACACUGCUGUGAUAAGUGUGGAUGGCAACUUAUUUCUUGUACAAACUACUGUAUAGAGCUGGAUUGUCCGCACUGAGACACUAAGUUUGGGAAUUACAAUCAAGAUAAAUCAGGCACAAAACAAAAAGCUUUUCAGAAUGUUCAUCUUCCUGCUCUUCGCAUCUCACUUCCUGCUCUUCGCAAAAAACUCGGAGUGAUUUUGAAUCAUACAGUUAAAAAAGAAAAUAAACCAGACCCUUAAAAGGGACCAUACGUAACACUUUCGAUCUGCCUUUCUCAAUUUCAUGCCCUCAAAAGCUUCAGAAACAUUCUUUGAAAGCAGCUGACCGAGAAACGCUUGGACAAGAUUUGGGGCAGGAAGAUAAGUUCCUCACCUUAAAGAUAUAUUAGUAAUUUAGAGUAUAGUUUAGUUGAUCUUGGCCAUCACAAUUCUUAAGCCUUAAUUGUGCUUUUUGUGACUGUGAGGAUAAAUUAUUGGGGGGGGAGGGGCUGCAAUCUUUUGUGCACCUUAGAAAGACCAAGGUAUUUAAAUGUAAUAUAUGUGUGUAAUAUAUACAUACGUGCCAUCUGCAUCCUGAAAAAGACAACAGCAGCGCAGUGGCGGUUCACAGCUGUUUUUGUGGAAGGUUACAGAAGUGGGAGGUCACCACCACGAAGGCCCUGCGUGAUGGAAACAGCUAUGAAGGCAGACCUGCUUUCCUGGCUGAGCAGCAGUUCCCAAACAAUUUAUCUAAGCUAACAUAUCUGUUUUCUUUCAGUUUUCCACUUUGGCAACUUUAAGAUAAGUAGACUUCAACUCCCAGCAUUGCUGGUUGGGGAAUUCUGGGAGCUGAAGUCCCCGCAUCUUAAAAGUUGCCGAGGUUAAAAAAAAAAAAAAAAGGCAUUGGUUUCUACAAAAUGGCCUCCUGCUCCACCUCCUCCACCCAAUUCUUUCCAACUGAAUGUGGCCAGUUAUGUCCCAGAAUGGCCUUUCCCACUCCGGUGUUCUGCAGAUGUGAGAAUUGAAGUCCCAAACAUCUGGAGGACAUCAGCUGGAGCAAGGGGGCCUGGCUCUCAUUUGACUGACCUGUUUAAAUCCUGCUUUGCCUUCCGGUUCUUUAAACCUGGGUGCUGCUCUAAAUGCUUCUAAUUAUUUUUGUAUCUCAGAAAGAGAAUUAUUUUGGAUUGCAGAGUCAAUAAAAUUACAUUCUGUA